AUGGCAACCCCCAAAGUCAAUCCUGAAGAUAGUGCCAUGGCAUGGCGGAUCCACAAGAAGGGCCUUCUGCCUGUAACGAUGAAGAAGGAGACGAUACCUAUACCCGAACCAAAGCAAGGCGAAGUGCUGGUAGAAGUGCACAGUGCCUCCAUCAAUCCAGUCGAAUGGAAGAUACCGGCGCAUGCUCCUGGUUUCUUUCAAAAGUUCCCAAGGAGCAUUGGGACGGACUUCUCUGGCGUUAUCCUUCGCACCGGCUCAAGCCUCACCCCUGACCAGCAAUCGCGCUUUCAACCGGGAACGCGCGUCUUGGGCAUGAUCCCAACGGAAACUUCGGUCAGGUACGGUCAGGGCUCUCUGACCACGCAUGUGUCUGUGCGAGUCGAGAACCUGGCCGCGAUUCCUGCUUCGAUAGACACAAGCCUGAGCUCAGAGGAAGCGGCCGGCCUGCCGCUCGCAUCAUCAACAGCGCUGCACCUGGUGCGUAAGGCUCGUGCCGGCGACAAGGUUCUUGUCCUCGGCGGCAGCACAAGCGUCGGACUGAUCUUGCUGCAAAUGCUCAAAGCCGAGGGUGUAGGACACAUAGUCGCAACUGCAAGCGGAGACAAGAAGGACACAGUCAAGAAACGAGGAGCGGACGAGGUCAUCGACUAUCGUGAAGAGGACGUUGUGCAGACACUCAAACGCAACCACUCAAGAGAGCAGUUCGACGUAAUUCUCGAUACUGUCGGCGACUUUGCCGUCUUUGGCGCUUGUGCAGCCUAUCUGAAGGAGAGUGGCGAAUACGCUAAUGUUGGCGCUUCUGACAUGAAACCAGACGGAUCUAUUUGGUCCAACUUGUCCGUAGUGCGCAACAUUGUUUCCCUCUACCUACCUUGGUGGCUGGGUGGCGUACCUCGCAAAUCGAGUUGGGGCGAAUUCGUUCGUGGUGCUAUGCCCGAAGUCACCGACAGGUAUCUGGUCACCAACAUAGUCACCUGUCCGAUUGACUCAAGAUUUACCUUUGACGAUGCACCCAAAGCAUACGAGCGGCUCAUGACAGGGAGGGCACUGGGCAAGAUUAUUGUCAACAUCAAGCACCCUAGCGAUCCUGCCGUUCGUUCACAUCUCUAG